AUGGCUAAAGGAGGCACUGCGGGCGGCGAAGGAGGCACUGCGGGCAGCGGUGAGGGAGGCACUGCAGGCGGCAUUGAAAGAGACACUGGAAGCGGCAGUGAAGGAGGCAUUGUGGACGGCAGUCAAGGAGGCACUGCGAGCGGCAGUGAAGGAGGCAUUGUUGACGACAUAGGAGGCACUGCGGGCGGAAGUGAAGGAAAUACUGCGGCCGGCAGUGGAGGAGGCACUGUGGGCGGCAGUGAAGAAGGCACUGUGGGCGGCACUGAAGGAGGCACUGUGGGCGGUACAGCCUCUGCACGGCGGCUUCACCACAUUGAAAGCAGUCGCGUCCCCUGGCAAAAUCAGCACCACCUGCAGCAGGAGGAAGAAACUGCAGCCAAGCCCCAGGAAGGUCUUUGA